AAACAUCAAGAUGGGCCCACUAUAACGGUCUAACCGAAGUCGGUAUUAUCCCGACUUGAUCGAAUCCACUCCCUUUUAAAUAAAAGCAAAUUCAAAAAGAGGAAAGCGUGUGGAAUUUAAAGACAUCGAAGUCAAGAACGCGAGUUUAAAACUCGCCAGCAUUCCAUGCAGCAGAAUGCUUGAAUUUCUUCCUUCCUUCUAAGAAAUACAUCUCCCCCUUCCUUUUCUUCGUUGAGACUCCCAAAAAUCCCUCAUUUUCUUCAAAGAUCUUCGCCAAGGAAUUCAUCUGAACCUCUUCCAAUCAUCAAGAAUCGAAUUCUCUUCUCCGUGAUUCGAAGAUUUCUUCCAUCCCCUUCUGGAAUUCGCGCUCAAAACAUAAGAUUCGAUCAUUACAGCGACGGCGGAUGGCGAGCAUUUAUAUAACGGACGGUCAGCCUUCGUCGGGAACGUUCUCGAAGCAUGUAGAGAGUCCCAAAGAGAGGCGGGAAGGAGAGAGUUUCUCAACUGACGGAGAGAAAACGGAAAUGGACAUGUGGAGUGAUGAGAGCUGUAGGACGCCGACGGCGAAGGAGAGCAGGAUACCGGAGGUUUUGACGUGUCCUCCUGCGCCGAGGAAACGAAGGAGCGAUCGUUUUACGCGGAUUCCGUCGGUGAAGGAGUAUUUCUUGCCGCCGAACCUCGAUGCGGUUUUCGCUGAGGUCUCGAAGGUGAACUAAGAGGGCAUUUUCGGCAAUGAGGGCAGUUUGGGAAAAUGUUUGGAUGAAGAACGCCUGCUUAGGAAGGGUAUUCUAGUCUUUGUG